UACUUUACCUAAUAAAAAAAAAAAAAAAACUUAGAAAAGUUUAUGUCUUUUUCUAAGUAUAUUUACAAUAAGUUCUUUAUACGGUUUAUUGAUACGCAUAGAUGUAUGGCAACAAGCUUAUCCAAACUUGUUCCAAAUUUAAUUACCUCUAAUCUUGAAAAAUUUAGAGAGACUGCAAAACAUUUCACUAUCGAAGACAUGUUAGUAACUCUUAAAGGUGUAUAUCUUAAUGAAUUUACUGAUACUGUGCCAAGCUUGAUCAAAUGAAUUUGCUAUCAGAAGAAAAUUUUUACAACACGUUGAAUGAGUCUGGGAUUAAAAGCGAAAAAUAUGAACACGCUAAAAGAGUUUGGGAACAUUUCAAAUUCAAAACGUUAGGGGAAUAUAGGGAUUUGUAUUUAAAAAUUGAUGUGCUUUUGUUUGACUGAUAUAUUUGAAAAUUUCCGUGAUCUAUGUUUAACUACGUACUACUUGGAUCUUAUUCCAAUUUUGGAUCACUUAGCCUUUUACUACACAGCACCAGGUUUCAGCUUUGACUGAAUGUUAAAAUAUACCAACAUCAAACUAGAACUGCUCACGGACUACGAUAUGUUGUUAAUAAUCGAAAAAGGUAUACGUGGAGGUCUAACGCAAGCAAGUAAGCGGUACGCGAAAGUAAAUAACAAGAAGAUACCAGAUUUUAACCAGACAAACCCAAAAUUAUGGCUAGUCUAUCAAGACUAUAAUAACUUAUAUGGCUGGGCAAUGUCGCGGUACAUGUCAUAUGGUGGAUUUAAAUGGGUAGAGUCUACGUUAGACGGUUUAGAGACUUUAACAUAUACCUCUGAAAUUGAUCGAAUUUUUGAAGUAGACAUAUCAUACCCGAAAGAACUCCACGACAUGCUCAAUGAUAUUCCUUUCCUUCUUCAAAAUAGCAUUCCACCCGGUUCAAAAAAUAAAAAACUUAUGGCAACACUUCAUCAUAAGAAAAAUUAUAUAAUAUACUAUAACAAUUUGCAACAGGCUAUAGAAAACGGAUUGGUAAUUGAAAAAUUAUAUAGUUUGAUCAGUUAGCGUGGUUAGUUUAGCCUCAUACAUUGCAUUGAAUACUGAGAUGAGGAAAAAAGCGACAACGAAUUUGAAAAAGAUUUUUUAAACUUUUAAAUAAUGCGGUUUUUGGAAAAACGAUUGAAAGCACGAGAAAGAAGAUAAAAAUGGAACUUGUAUCUAGCGAACGACGGGUACAGAAAUUAAUAAACCAACCUACGUUUAAGUUAUGCAGUGUUGGAUAAAUCUAAGAUUCUUAUGUACGAUUACUACUAUAAUGUUAUGCAGAAACACUAGAGACAAAAUCAACCUGUAUAU